AAAUUUGUUUUGAAAUGUUUGAAAUUGGUAACGAAUAUUUCGUUAACUUUUUUGAAUAAAAUUAAAGAAAACCAACUAUCAAAUACUUAAAUAAAUGUAAAUAAUAUAACGAUAGUAAAAUAUAAUAAAUCAAUGGAUUCAGUUUAUAGUGCGUAUUAAAGUUUGUUAAUUAUGAACGGGAAUACGGAAUCGACGUCGAAUAGCAUCAAGUUUGCGCCGAUGCCUAUGUCGGCAUUGUUAGCCAAUUUGAUGCCUGUGGAAACCCAACCAGAUACUCCAGACUCGAGUUUCACAACAGACGAGAGCGAAGAAGACUCCUUCAGAGAAAUAGCUACAUCGAGAACACCGGUUCUAAAGAAAAAUAAGUCUUCAACUCCGCAACACAAAAACAUAAAAACAUUAAAAAAUAUAAAAAGUUUCGCAUCUGAGAGGAAAAUAUCAACAAAUAACCACAACAAAGAGAAUUCUGGCGAUAUUAAGAAACCGCAACAACUGUUAUUUACCAAAGACAGAGAUGUAUUAUCAAACGUACAGAAACAGAUGACACCUGCCUAUCCAAAUUCGGAGUCAAAAAAGCGUAACGUUUUAAUGCCACAGAAAACCAACUCAUAUGUGCCGGUCAAACAGAGUAUUCCAGUGCUGAAAACAACUCCCGAACCAGCAAAAGUGCCUAACAGUGGUCAAAAGUUAAAAACGGGCACACCAACGAUAAAGACGGGCAUACGAAAGUAUACACCCGGAUCUGGACGGCACAGUCAAAAGAAAACACCUCUACAAACAGUCAUACAGAACAGAGAGAAAGUUAGAUGUGAGUUGUUUAGACAGGCUCAGCAUAAAGAUGACCCUGCUGAGGCCGUACCUAUCAGCCAUCCAGCGCCUGUCCCAGAGACUCCGUCAAACAAGCCAGUGCCACAAUCAUACGCAGCCACCCCGUCCUACCCGCAAGGCAUACCGGGCAACAUCCCCAACAACUCAAAAGUGUUGUUUAAAACUACUAGUAUUAAGGACAAAAAAUAUAUGUAUAUUAAAAAACUAGGCACGGGAGGCUCUAGUGAGGUGUACAAGGUGCUAGAAGUGGGCACAUCGUGUGAGUACGCAGUGAAGUGUGUGUACCUCGCCACAGACCAGGAGCUGGCGCAGGGCUACGUCAAUGAAGUGCGGCUGCUGAGAGAGCUGCAGAACUCUGACCGAGUCAUACGCCUCUAUGACUAUGAAUACGACAGACAGAACCAGUUCUUGCGGCUGGUGUUGGAAGUGGGCGAGACGGACCUGUCGUCGUUCCUGCGCGCGCGCGGCGCCGGCCUGCCGCCCGCGCUGGUGCUGCACUACUGGGAGGAGAUGCUGAAUGCCGUCAACUAUAUACACGAGCAUGGCGUGAUCCACGCGGACCUGAAGCCGGCCAACUUCCUGCUGGUGUGCGGGCGGCUGAAGCUGAUCGACUUCGGCAUCGCGUCGGCCAUCAGCGGCGACGCCACCAGCGUGGUGCGCUCGCAGGCCGCCGGCACCUACUCCUACAUCAGCCCCGAGGCGCUCAUGGGCGGCGCCGGCGGCUACGGCAACAGCGCCAACAUCAAGAUCUCGUACCGCUCGGACGUGUGGUCGCUGGGCUGCAUCCUGUACAGCAUGGUGUACGGGCGCACGCCGUUCGGCCACAUCCCCAACCUCGCCAAGCUGGCCGCCAUCCUCAACCCCAAGCACGUCAUCGACUACCCGCCCGCCGACCAUCUGCCAGCGUCUCUGAUCGCAACUCUGAAGUGGUGUCUGACGUACAACGCGCGCUCGCGGCCGUCGGUGCGCGAGCUGCUGGCAGUCAAACACUUGCAGCCGCCCAAAGACACGCUGCCACCAGCUCUGCUCGAACGGCUCCGGCUGCACGUCUCUCCCGAGGAGUUCAGACUGCUACAGCGGGCACAGAUAUAGAAUCAAUUUGUAAAAUAAAUUAAUUUGAUUGUAUACAAAUUCGGUUGUCAAUCAAUUUAUGAUCUAUUUAAAUAAGCGGCUUUGCUCGCCUUAAUGUAGAGUUAGUCAAUUAAUUUGAUACUGGACGAAUGUUUAAAAGGUUAAAACACCUUUUAAAAAGUCUCACUCUGAAAAAAGUUAUAAUUGAUUGAAAGUACCCCAUUUUUCGUGUUAGGUAUUUUUAACCAAAUGACCGGCUAAACUGGGCGAUCUUAUAUAUAUAUUUAACUAGCGGACGCCCGCGACUUCGUCCGCGUGGAAUUCAAUGUAAAUUUACAUCCCCUAUUUCACCACAUUAGGGGUAAAAAUUCUUAAAUCACAUUACAUUUCGUAAUUCUUUUCAUGAUUGAUACACAAAUUUUUAUAACUGUAACUUUAAAAACAUAGACUUGAAUUGAGAACGUCCUAAGGUUAAAAAUGGAUGACUUUCCAUACAAACUUUCAACCCCUGUUUCACCCCCUUCUCUUUUUAUUUUAGGGACAAAAAAAUAGCCCAUGUUCUUCUCCAAGGUCCCAUUUAUCUUAAUACCAAAAUUCAUCUUGAUUGGUUUAGUCGUUUAGCUGUGAAAAGAUAACAGACAGACAGACAGACUUAAUUUCUCAUUCAUAAUAUAGAUUAUAAUAUAAGUAUAGAUUGAUCUGUAUAUAUAAGGUUGUUGACCUAAAUCAAUAAUAAAGCCUUAUAGAGACAAAGAUUGACAAUUUCUCAGAAGCACACAGUUGAAUGUAUAUAAAAGCCAAGGAGGUAGAUCUAGCAAGGUACUAGAUCUUAUGUGACGUACAAUAAAUAAAUGCACUGUGUACCAUUUUAGUGUAAAUACAGAUUAUUUAUUUAAUGGCUUGAGCCGUAUAUGGGUUGAUAACGUAUUUAUUGGCUUGAUCAUAUUAUUUUGAACACUAAACAAAUUAAUUCAAUCCAAUGCUACAAAAAUUAUUCAAACAACCAAGGGUUUCUAAAUUAUCUUAAUUUGACCUUAUUUCAAUAAAAAUAAAGUGUUGUCUGUCUAUUCAGACAAUAAUUUUACUUGAUAACGUCUCAAGAAAAAGAGGUAGAUUAGUUUUUAAACUUGUAAAAAAAAUAACAAUAAAAUAGGGAUGAAUAUGUUUAUUUAAAAUGUUAGUUUAAUAUAAAAUAAUAAAUAAAAUGUAUAUUAAUAAGCGAAUAAAUAACAAGUUUGUAUAUUGUAAA